AUCUACAACUGUACAAAACGAACUUAAACCCUUCUGCUUUCACUCUAAAAAAUCUCCUUUUUUUCAUCUCUGUGGGUUACAGCGGUUGAUAAUCAUCUCGAAAUGGAAGGAGUAGGCUCCGCCAGGCUCGGCCGAGCUUCAGCUCGUUACGGUGGUUCGACGGCGGUUUUCAGUGGUCCGGUGAGGAAGUGGAGGAAGAAGUGGGUUCACGUGUCGCCUUCAUCCACCGCUAAACACUCUCAGCCCAACGGGAACGGUUCCGCAGCUUCCAGCAUCCUACUCUGCAGGUGGACCCCACUUUCCUUUGCUGAAUCCGGCUCCUCCGCGGUCGACGGCGAGGGCGAGGAGCAGCAGCAGCCCCCAAAGCGAAAGUUCCGCUAUACCCCUGUUGUUAUGAUAGAGGAAGAGCGGAAAAAGGCGGCUGCGAAACAGGUUGAAGAUGAAGCUAAGGCAGAUGAUAAUAAGACCGAGCAAUCCCCAGAUUUGCAGUCGUCUAAGACUGGUAAUGAGCUGAACAUGAAUGAUAUUUUAAAGAACGAAAUUCAGGGUUCGAACACGAGUAAUCUGGACCUAGGUUUGUGCUUGAAAGGCCAUGAUGGCAGCCGUAAUUCUGUUGGCGAGAGCGUCGGUCAAGGGAAGGCAGCAAGCUCGAUGGGAUUUUGGUCAUUUGGUUGACAUGUAAUCAGUUAAAAGGGAACAGGGUUCAUGUGCCCAAAAGAAUCCACUAAUUUGGACACUCCAUAGUAAUAAUGGAUCAUACAUCGUAGUAGAGAUAGUAGUAGGUAUAUACUUGCAUAUGCUUGAUCGUAGUAGUGAUAGUAGUUCGUAUGUACUUACAUAUGCUCAAUCGAAUAAUAAUGUGAGGUGUACAUUCGAGCUAUAACAGUCGUUUGAA